AGGUUUGGUAGGAAGACCAUGCUCCUGGUGUCCUAUAUCUCUGGCAUGCUGUUUGGUAUUGCCAGUGCUUUCUCCACCUCCUUCAUCAUGUUUGCUGUGCUCAGGUUCUUCACUGGGUUCGGCAUCACUGGCAUCGUCAUCGUCUCAUCAGUACUCAGUGAUUAUACACACACACUUGCACACACCCAAGCACACACACACACACACACACACUCAAAUAUGAAGCCCACCCACCACUAGACGAAUACAGACAACCAACGUGGUGUCCCAGAGACUAUCCUUGUCUCAUCUGGUGUUGCGUUGUGUUGCCCUCAGGUGUGGAGUGGGUGGACAUUGAGCACAGAAAAUUAGUGGGAGUGAUUGACAGCCUGUCCUGGACGUUUGGUAACUCCAUGAUUCCAGCCAUAGCCUAUUGUGUGAACGACUGGAGACAGCUGACCAUAGUGGUCACCUCACCUCUCGCCCUGGCCAUACUCACAUGGAGGUCAGAGGGAGGGAGGGACUGACAAACAAAUGAAUGGACAGUUAACAGUUGCUGUGAUAUUGUGAAUAACAUCUUUACCUCCUCCAAUAGGUGGAUUCCUGAGUCAGCCAGGUGGCUCAUAGCCAAUGGGAAGUUUGAGAAAGCAAACUUUUAUUUGCAACAAUGUGCCCAGAUGAACCAGAAGGAGGAGUUUGCAUCCAAAAUUACACCAGAGGUAAGGGAAUGCCAGGAUAGGAUAAGUUUAAGCAAUAUGGUUCAUCUGAUUCUUUCACCUUUCCUUCUAGCCUGGUUACAGAUCUGUUUGUGCUCAAAUCAAAUCAAAUGUUAUUUGUCACAUGCUCUGAGUACACCAGGUGUAGAUUUUACCGUGAAAGGCUUACUUACAAGCACUUUCCCAACAAUGCUGAGUUAAAAAGUAUGAAAAUUAGAAAAUAAAAAUGGAAAUAUUAACACAAUAAAAUAAUAACAAAGCUACAGUAUAUACAGGGAUACCGAGUCAAUGUGCUGGGGGUACGAGGUAGUUGAGGUGAUUGAGGUAAUAUGUACAUGUAGGUAGGGGUAAAAGUGAGGCAAUCAGGAUAGAUAAUAAACAGAGUAGAAGCAGCGUGUGUGAAGAGUGAAAGAUUGCGAAAGAGUGUGUGUGUGUGUGGCGUCAAUAUGGAUGUGUGUGUGUGUGUGUGUGUUUUGUGUGUGUGAGCGUAUGUAGUGUGUGUGUGUGUUGGAGUGUCAGUGUAAUAUGUGUGGGUUGAGUCCAGUGAUUGUGCAUAGAGCCAGUGUGAGAGAGUCAGUGCAACAAAAAAAAAGGGGGUGAAUGCAAAAUAGUCCGGGUAGCCAUUUGAUUAACUGUUCAGCAGUCUUAUGGCUUGGGAGUAGAAGCUGUUCAGGAGCCUUUUGGUCCCAGACUUGGUGCUCUGGUACCACUUGCAAUGUGGUAGCAGAGAGAACAGUCUAAGACUUGGGUGGAGUCGUUGACAAUUUUUAGGGCCUUCCUCUGACACUGCCUGGUACAGAGGUCCUGGAUGGCAGGGAGCUCGGUCCCAGUGAUGUACUGGGUCGUACGCACUACCCUCUGUAGCGCCUUGCGGUCGGAUGCCAAGCAGUUGCCAUACCAAGUGGUGAUGCAGCCAGUCAAGAUGCUCUCAAUGAUGCAGCUGUAGAACAUUUUGAGGAUCUGAGGGCCCAUGCCAAAUCUUCCCAGCCUCCUGAAGGGGAAGAGGUAUUGUCGUACCCUCUUCACGACUGUGUUGGUGUGUUUGGAUCAUGAUAGGUCCUUGGUGAUGUGGACACUGAGGAACUUGAAGCUCUUGAUCCGCUCCAGUACAGCCCUGUCGAUGUGAAUGGGGGCGUGCUCGGCCCUCCGUUUCCUGCAUUCCACGAUCAGCUCCUUUGUCUUGCUGACGUUGAGGGAGAUGUUGAUGUCCUGGCACCAUACAGCCAGGUCUCUGACCUCCUCCCUAUUAGCUAUCUCAUUGUCGUCGGUGAUCAGGCCUACCACCGGUGUGUCAUUUGCAAACGUAAUGAUGGUGUUGGGAGUCAUGCGCGGCCACUCAGUCGUGGGUGAACAUGGAGUAUAGGAGGGGACUGAACACGCACCCUUGAGGGGCCUUGUGUUGAGGGUCAGCGUGGCGGAUGUGUUGUUGCCUACCAUCACCAGGGGGCAGCCUGUCAGGAAGUCCAAGAUCCAGUUGCAGAGGGAGGUGUUUAAUCCCAGGGUCCUUAGUUUAGUGAUGAUCUUGGAGGGCACUAUGGUGUUGAACGCUGAGCUGUAGUCAAUGAACAGCAUCCUCACGUAGGUGUUCCUUUUGUCCAGGUGGGAAAGGGCAGUGUGGAGCGCAAUAGAGAUUGUGUAAUCUGUGGAUCUGUUGGGAUGGUAUGCGAAUUGGAGUGGGUCCAGUGUGUAUGGGAUGAUGGUGUUGAUGUGAGCCAUAACCUUCCUUUCAAAGCAUUUCAUGGCUACAGAUGUGAGUGCUACGGAGCGAUAGUAAUUUAGACAGGUUACUUUGGCCUUCUUGGGCACAGGGACUGUCUUGCUAACUCCUAUGGUCAGAGUUGGCAAGACAGCACAAACAGAUCUAGGACCUGGUUACUUUCCCUCUGAAAGCCUGGGUGGGAUUUUUCCCAUACUGCUUAUAUAUAUCCAAUCUUUUCAUAUCUACAGGAGUGUCGAGGAGAUAAAGUAUAGGGGUUGAUUUGGGAUUCAGCAACUGAUCCGCCUCUGUUCUUCUCGCCACCAGACUCUGUCCAGUAUCAUUGUGACAGAGAGAAAAGACAGAACCUACUCCUACCUUGACCUGGUCAGAACCCCAAAGAUGAGGAGACUGGCUCUACUCACAGGCAUAGUAUGGUGAGUAUCCCCGGUCUCAUGAUAUCUGAUACAAGUUGCUUUAGUAAAUGCAUGUUCAUCAUGUCUAGCUAUACAUAAUAAUGUAAGAAUAAUGUAGAAAUGUAUUGAUGCUAUCAAGUUGGGUAACAUUUCAUUUGAAUGUUCUGAUCUAAUGUCCACAUAAGAUAAUAUCAUGAAAUGUAAUUUCAACAUUAAAUUAGACUUUUAGCUCACCUCAAACUAUGUCAAAACACAUUACAUCAGUCUACACAGUUUAACAACACCAACAAUGCCAACCUGAUUUCUCAUCCCAAAGGUAUGGUGUGGCUUCAACAUAUUAUGGCAUUAGCUUCAACAUCACUGGAUUUGGGCUCAACAUAUAUCUAACCCAGUUUGUAUAUGGUGCCAUAGAGCUGCCAGCCAAACUAGCAGUGUACUACCUUCUGGAUAAGGUGGGCAGGAGAAACACUGAAGUAGGAUCUCUGCUAGGAGCUGGAAUCUGUCUCACUAUUAACAUUUUCCUACCCAGAGGUGAGUGCUUUUUGUUUUUAUCAGGGAGGCGGGCAAUUCCAGUCCAGGAGACAUCAUCUUAUAAUGUAUAGGAGUUGUCAUCUAAUACUGGAGUUGGAACAAACCCUGGCAGUACUAGAUGAUAACUCUACAGGAGUUAUCACAUCUCUACAGGAGUUAUUAUCACAUCUCUACAGGAGUUAUCACAUCUCUACACAAGUUAUCACAUCACUACAGGAGUUAUUAUCACAUCUCUACAGGAGUUAUCACAUCACUACAGGAGUUAUUAUCACAUCUCUACAGGAGUUAUCACAUCUCUACACGAGUUAUCACAUCACUACAGGAGUUAUUAUCACAUCUCUACAGGAGUUAUCACAUCACUACAGGAGUUAUCACAUCUCUACAGGAGUUAUCACAUCACUACAGGAGUUAUUAUCACAUCUCUACAGGAGUUAUCACAUCACUACAGGAGUUAUCACAUCUCUACAGGAGUUAUCACAUCACUACAGGAGUUAUUAUCACAUCUCUACAGGAGUUAUCACAUCACUACAGGAGUUAUCACAUCUCUACAGGAGUUAUUAUCACAUCUCUACAGGAGUUAUUAUCACAUCUCUACAGGAGUUAUCACAUCACUACAGGAGUUAUCACAUCUCUACAGGAGUUAUUAUCACAUCUCUACAGGAGUUAUUAUCACAUCUCUACAGGAGUUAUUAUCACAUCUCUACAGGAGUUAUUAUCACAUCUCUACAGGAGUUAUUAUCACAUCUCUACAGGAGUUAUUAUCACAUCUCUACAGGAGUUGUCAUCUAGUUCUGCUGGGGUGUGUUCCAGUCUGUUUCAGUUAUUCAUGAACUCAUCCUAAAUAUUUAAAUAUGGUGGGUAACUUUGACUUAAAGGAAAGGUCAUGUCGUUCCUCUCCUCCCUUUCAGACAUGUCUGUUUUAAGGACGGUGGUGGCGGUGCUGGGGAAGGGUUGCUCGGCAGCAUCCUUCACAACCAUCGUGUUAUACAGCUCUGAGCUGUUCCCUACUGUGGUCAGGUAAAUCACACCUCUGUCUCCGAUUUAAAGUGUAACUAAAGACAGGUCAAAAUGUGUGUUCUGUAUCUUUCUCUCUCUGUCUCUCAGGCAGAACGGCAUGGGCUACAACUCGUCCAUGGGUCGUCUGGGAGUGUCUCUGGCCCCUCUCAUCCUGCUGCUGGAUGAGGUGUGGAGGGACCUUCCCCAGGUCCUUCUCUGCUCCAUAGCCCUGCUGGCUAGCCUGGUGGCCAGGAUGCUGCCUGAGACACGGGGCCGCUGUCUACCAGAGACCAUCCAGGACAUUGAGGACGGGCAGACAGGGUACGAUAUAGCCUCUGUGAUAUAGACACUUAGGUUGGGAUUCAAUCCAAUGUGCGUUAAAGAGCAGUGCACUAGACAGAUGACAAUUAACUGUAAGUCGCUCUGGAUAAGAGCGUCUAAUAAAUGACUAAAAUGUAAAUGUAAAUGUAAUGCGCCUAUUAAAGGCGAAAUAUGCAGAAAUCGCUCCGCCAUUGCCUAGUUGCUAAAAUUCUAAAAUGCUAGCCUAUAAACCUAGCAAACCACAAUUUCUCAAGCAAGCAUUUUGGGUGUAAUCUGUAAAUUCUUUGCAAACAUGGUUAUUGAUGAUUAUGAAUAUCAUAGUAAGUGUUUUAUCAAUGAUUAUGUGUUUAUUUCUUUUUUAAUGUACCAUUCUAGGAAGAGUUUGGCUGGAUCCCAAGUUGUGGAAACAACAGAAAUCCCUCUAAAAUCAAAGGCCAACAAUGAGAUGGAAAAUUGA